UUUUUAAAUAAUCACAGAGAAAAUUUUCGCAAAGGCACCAUGUCCUCGAUGGUCUUUAAAAUCACGUCCGUCCCCUCGUCAUUCCAGCUUCAUCUAGAGUGCAACUAGCUCUUUUCGUUUCUCUGUCCAUCUUCACCCUUCGUUUUUCACUGGGUGCCUACACAUUGAUCCCUAAAACGAAGCGGAUCUCUGAAACUCUGCAUUAUCUCUUCGCCACCCGCGGCCCACCAGCAUGAGCUCAACCAGACCCCACGAUGUGGGAGAACACCCUUGGAGCACUGGCCUCUGCGGCUGCUUCGACGACAUCAAAAGCUGCUGCAUCACCUACUGGUGUCCAUGCAUCACCUUCGGACAGAUAUCAGAGAUUCUGGACAAGGGGGAAACAACUUGCGUCAUGAACUGCGCAAUCUACACGCUGAUCUGCUGGCUGACUUCGUGCGCAUGCCUCUAUUCAUGCUGCUACCGAACCAAACUGAGACGAGAAUUCGGGUUGAAGGAGGAUCCGUGCAACGACUGCUUAGUCCACUGCUGCUGCAUGUACUGCGCGCUUUGUCAAGAGUAUCGAGAACUCAAGAGCCGCGGAUUCAACAUGGAGAAGGGAUGGGCAGGAAACGCCAGGCAACAGAGAGAAGUGGCAAUGGCUCCAAAGGUGGAAGGCGGCAUGAGGCGCUAGAGUUCUGUGCUGUUUAAGGGCAACAUCUUACUUCGACCAGGAAUAUAAUUCUCUUUCCUUUACUCGAUCCUGCAAGUGAACUUCUUUCUCAGAAUAACAUGUCAUGUAUCAUUCUGUAUGAUUAGUAAAGUCAGAGCUCAGCUCCUACUUUUGUUGUUGAUUUUAUCUGAUAGGUGCGGUCUGUGCCAAGAGUUUGAUUAAGUAUAAGACCUUUCGGGUGAGUAUUGAGUUGCCAA